AUGCCUAUUCCCAACCAAUUGCCCCAUGAUUUCGAAUGGGGAUUUGCAACUGCUGCCUACCAGAUUGAAGGAGCUGUGGACAAGGACGGUCGCGGGAAGAGCAUCUGGGACACUUUUUGCCAUCUGGAGCCUUCAAGGACUAAAGGCGCAAAUGGGGACAUCGCGUGCGAUCAUUACAAUCGCUAUGAAGAGGACUUGGAUCUCCUGUCAGCCUACGGUGCUCAGGCAUAUCGAUUCUCCAUCUCCUGGUCCAGAGUGAUUCCCCUGGGAGGUCGAAAUGAUCCGGUAAACGAAGCCGGUAUAGCCUUCUAUAACAGACUGAUCGAUUCUCUUAUUGCCAGGGGGGUUACACCUUGGGUCACUCUCUACCACUGGGAUCUUCCGCAGGCACUCCAUGAUCGCUACGGAGGCUGGCUAAAUGUAGAGGAAUCGCAGCAGGACUUUGAGAGAUAUGCUCGACUCUGUUUCGAACGGUUUGGGGAUCGAGUCAAAAAUUGGAUCACUCUCAACGAGCCAUGGAUCGUAUCCAUCUUUGGAUAUGCCACGGGGAUCAAUGCGCCAGGUCGCAGUAGCAUAAAUAAAGACGCCUCUGAAGGUGACACGUCAACAGAACCCUGGAUAGUCGGGAAGUCUCUAAUCAUGAGCCACGCCCGCGCCGUGAGACUCUACAACAGAGAAUUCCGUGCGUCACAGAAGGGUGUCAUUGGUAUCUCCUUAAACGGUGAUUACUAUGAGCCAUGGAACGCCGAAGAUGAUCGAGAUAAAGCUGCAGCAGAGCGACGCAUGCAGUUUCAUAUUGGGUGGUUCGCAAAUCCGAUACUUCUGGCCAAAGAUUAUCCUGAAUGCAUGCGCGAACAGCUCGGUGAGCGACUGCCCCAGUUCUCCGCAGACGAAUUCUCGCUUCUGAGAGAAGCAGAGGUGGACUUUUACGGCAUGAACUACUACACAGCCCAGUUUGCUCGUCAUCGAUCGGGGCCGCCCUCGGAAACAGACUUCCUGGGCAACGUGGAUGAGCUGCAGGAGAACAGCGAUGGUGUCUCGAUCGGAGAAAGGAGUGGUGUCCAUUGGCUUCGAUCAUGUCCGGAUAAAUUCCGGAAACAUCUGACACGCAUCUAUCGCCUCUACCAGAAGCCGAUAUACGUCACCGAAAAUGGCUGUCCGUGUCCUGGUGAAGACAAGAUGACGCGCGAUGAAGCCGUCAGGGACACAUACCGCAUCAAGUACUUCGAAACGCACCUUGACGCCAUCGCUCAAGCAAUAAACCAAGAUGCCGCUGUCGUCAAGGGGUAUUUUGCGUGGUCUCUGCUUGAUAACUUGGAAUGGUCUGACGGUUUUGGCGUUCGGUUUGGAGUUACGUAUACCGAUUAUGACACAUUGGAGCGAACACCAAAAUUGUCAGCGCGUGUCUUGAAGCAGUUGUUCGAAGAGCGCAUGGGAAGACAGGCACAAAAGCUCUGUCAAGAACAGGAUUCUCGGGCAUACCAAUCAGAGAGCCCCAAGCCCCGUAUGUGA